AGGAGUGAGACUGUUUGUUUAUUUUUGGCUCAGUGCGAGCGUGUCGAUGGCUGCCGAUGCGUCGCAAAGGAAAGCUCUGAGAUACCAGCAAACUUUGCUGUAUGGAGAAUAUCGGGAGCAGCUGGGUAAUAUUUCCAGACGGGAGGCCACGCGUCUGUUGACUGAAAAGCAAUGGAAAAGGCAUGCAGACAAUUCCAAGGCAACCAGGAGAGGCCAUGGCAGGGCACAUCAUGCCAGCUUGGAUGUGGGGCCACUGACACCAGGCUUAAGCCCCUCCUCUUCUUUGAUAAAGUCACACCCCUAUUUCAAAUGCCAGGACUGCCUAGCCCGUGUCCAGAGGUAUAUUGUGACAAAGCUUGGGGAGGACUGGAUAUUCCUGGUUCUUUUGGGCCUCACUAUGGCUUUGGUUAGCUGGAGCAUGGAUUAUGCCAGUGCCAAGAGCAUACAAGCAUAUAAAUGGAUGUAUGGAGAGCUGAAGGGGAAUGUGGCUUUGCAGUAUCUGGCAUGGGUUUCAUAUCCCAUCAUCCUCGUCGUUUUUGCAUCCCUUUUCUGUCAUUUGGUUGCUCCACAAGCUAUAGGCUCUGGGAUUCCUGAACUGAAGACGAUCCUCAGAGGUGUGGUGUUAAAAGAGUAUCUGACACUCAAAGCAUUCGUGGCUAAAGUCAUAGGUCUUACGGCUGGUCUAGGCAGUGGCAUGCCUAUCGGAAAGGAGGGUCCUUUUGUGCAUAUUGCCAGUAUCUGUGCAGCAGUGCUGAGCAGGGUCAUGUCAAUCUUCACCGGUGUGUAUGAGAACCCCUAUGGUUACACAGACAUACUGACAGUAGGAUGUGCUGUUGGGGUGGGCUGCUGUUUUGGGACUCCCCUUGGAGGUGUGUUGUUCAGUAUUGAGGUCACAUCAACAUACUUUGCUGUGAGGAAUUACUGGAGAGGAUAUUUUGCUGCAACAUUCAGUGCCUUUAUAUUUCGAGUACUGUCAGUAUGGAACAAAGACUCUGUCACAAUAACAGCACUGUUUCGUACAAAUUUCCGGAUGGAUUUUCCCUUUGACCUGCAGGAGCUGCCAGCUUUUGCAAUAAUCGGGAUCUCAUGUGGGUUUCUAGGGGCGUUCUUUGUCUAUCUGAACAGACAAGUUGUUCUGAUCAUGAGGAGGCCGACAGCUCUAACACGCUUUCUCACAAAACACCGUCUGAUUUACCCUGGUGCCGUGACACUAAUUAUAGCAUCCUUCACAUUUCCUCCUGGUUUUGGACAGUUCAUGGCUGGAGAGCUGAUGCCCAGAGAGUGCAUUAAUUCACUAUUUGAUAACUACACUUGGACAAAGAUCUGGGGUUCACCAGUCCCACCUGGAUUGGGUCGAUCUGCUGCCUGGCUUCACCCACAAGUCAGCGUCUUUGUCAUCCUUCUCCUCUUCUUUGUCAUGAAGUUCUGGAUGUCUGCAGUCUCUACAACAAUGCCAGUUCCUUCUGGAGCUUUCAUGCCUGUUUUUAUAUUGGGAGCGGCAUUCGGUCGUUUGGUGGGUGAGAUCAUGGCUACACUUUUCCCCAAUGGAAUUCUGUUUGAUGGAAUUGUCUAUCAAAUCCUUCCUGGAGGCUAUGCAGUGAUAGGGGCAGCAGCUAUGACAGGAGCAGUCACACAUACAGUUUCAACAGCAGUGAUCUGUUUCGAACUGACAGGCCAAAUCUCACACAUCCUACCCAUGAUGGUGGCAGUGAUUCUCGCCAACAUGGUAGCCCAGGGUUUACAGCCUUCUCUUUAUGACUCCAUCAUUCAGGUCAAAAAGCUGCCAUAUCUUCCAGAGCUCGGCAUCGGUCACAUCAGUAAAUAUAAUAUCUUUGUGGAGGACAUCAUGGUGAAGAAAAUAAAGUUUCUGUCACCUCAGUCUACUUACAGAGAGCUGAAAGAUCUCCUGGAGUCCACGUCUCUUAAAACCAUCCCGCUCAUUGAUUCCAAAGAUACAAUGAUUCUGUUGGGUUCCAUUGAAAGAUGUGAACUUCAGGCUGCUCUUGAUUGGUGGCUGUCAGCUGAGAGGCGGGUUUAUAACCGAGGUGAAGGCAUGGCCAGCCUAGUGUCGGAGGGCAGCUGGGAGUCCUUUGUCUUUGUGGAUGAGGAGGUUGGAGAGGAGAAUAGAGACAAGGGUAACCGAGUCUCUGAAGAGUGUAAUGGCCCAGUAGGGUCAUCUAAAACCACAGACAUCUCCACUAAUCACACCACAUCUGGAGCCUUAAAGUCCAUGAGGAGGACUUUUCAACGUCUUUUCUCUUCAUCUUCUUCAUCAGGGCAAACUAAGCCUGAGUUUACUAAGCUCUCACCAGCAGGUGGUGUCAAGAGUCCUGCAGCUCCACCUGUAGUUGAUAACAUGACCCCUGAAGAGAUCAAAGCCUGGGAAGAGAAAGAGCUGGAUAAGCCGAUUGGCAUUGAUCAGAUCCGUGUUGACCCGUCACCUUUUCAGCUGGUGGAAAGAACAUCUUUGCAUAAGACUCACACAUUGUUCUCUCUACUGGGUCUCAGUCAUGCAUAUGUAACCAGUAUUGGUAAACUGGUUGGGGUGGUCGCACUAAAGGAGCUCCAGAAAGCAAUCGAAGGUUCAACACGCAGCGGUGUGCGACUGCGUCCCCCUUUGGCCAGUUUCAGAGAUGCAAGACGAAAAACAAAAAAACCUUCUCAUUCCCCUUCUAUCCCAUCCUCUCCCACACAGGACAUAGAGUUAUGGAGUGAGGCAGUUAGAAGAGAAAGUAAAGAGGAGUCUGCUGGCAGUUGUAUUCAGACAGUUGAGAAAGAGUGUGAGAGCAGCAGAAAUAUAGUGAGCACCUCUGAGGAGCAGCUGCCUUCCUCUUCUACAGUCCCUCUCUCCUCACUUCAUUCUGUGCCUGGAGGAGAGGGCGAUGCUGAAAAAGAGAGAGAUGAGGAGCCGUUAUAGAUCUUUUGUCCAUAAUAUUUUCAUAUUAUGCUGCACCAUCAGACUUUCUGACUGAUUCUCAACUGUCUGGACUGGAAUUUAUUAAUUCUCUUUUUUCUAAAUGUUUUUAUUCAGUUAUUUUUCUCUUUUUUCUCUCUCUCUUUAUUCGUACAAACUGUAUGGACGGUCGUUUGACACAUCACACUAAAUGUCUUCCCUAUGUU